AUGGAUUUUCUUCAGCGCCUUGCGCGUUUCCUUGAUAGGCCACUAUUCCCAUGGAAAAAGCUCAUCGUUGGAUUCUCUCUCACACAAUACCUUUUCGAAGGUUUUCUCUCUCUCCGCCAGUAUCAAAUCUUAAAGCAAACUCGUCCCCCCAAGGUUCUCUCAAAUGAAGUCUCUCAAGAAGUUUUCGACAAAAGCCAGGCCUAUGGACGCGCAAAAGCACAAUUCGGUUUCGUAGCAGGACUCUAUGGACAAAUUCAAAACACGGCAUUUAUUUAUUUCGACGUUCUUCCCAAACUUUGGGAUCUCACUGGCUCAUGGCUUUUACGACUUGCACCGGCUCGAUUUACCGGUGAAAUUUCUCACUCCAUCGUCUUCGUUCUUACUUUUGUUGUAAUUCAACAAAUUCUUUCGCUGCCAACUUCUAUUUACCAGACCUUUGUACUCGAGGAGAAGUUUGGUUUCAAUAAGCAGACGCCUAAGAUCUUUGUUAUGGAUAUGUUGAAGGGACAAAUGUUGGCAUUUACUUUGACUCCACCAAUUCUCGCUGGCUUCCUUACUAUUAUCCAAAAGACUGGACAUCAAUUCUUUUACUACUUAUGGUUGUUUGGUGCUGGACUCCAGGUUUUCAUGAUUACCAUUUAUCCAAUUACGAUUUUGCCCUUGUUUAACAAGCUUUCCCCUCUCGAACCUGGAGAAUUGAAGGAUGGCGUCGAGGCUUUGGCUAAAAGAUUGAAUUUCCCUCUUCACGAAUUACAUGUUAUCGAUGGCAGCAAGCGUAGUGCUCACAGCAAUGCUUAUUUCUUUGGUUUGCCAUGGAAGAAGCACAUUGUCAUUUAUGAUACUUUGAUUGAGAAGAGCGACACACAAGAAAUUGUAGCUGUUCUUGCGCAUGAACUUGGUCACUGGAGUCGCGGACAUACUACCAAGCUCUUUGGGAUCUCACAGGCCCAUUUCUUCUACAUCUUCUCCUUGUUCUCCGUCUUCAUCAACAACCAUUCCUUGUACCAAUCCUUUGGUUUCCACAACGAAUUCCCAAUUAUUAUCGGUUUCAUCUUAUUCUCUGAUGCACUUGCCCCUAUGGACACAGUCAUCAAGCUCCUGAUGAACAUCCUGAGCAGAAAGUACGAGUUUGAAGCAGAUAACUUCGCACAAGGACUUGGAUACCAGGCUGAGCUGGCUCGUUCAUUGAUCAAAUUGCAGAUCCAGAAUUUGAGUACUAUGGAUGCGGACUGGAUGUAUGCGAGCUACCAUUUCUCGCAUCCAAUUUUGUCGGAGAGAUUAGGUGCUCUAGGAUGGAAGUCGAGUGGUCCAGUUGCACCAGCUGCUAAGGAUGAGAAGGUUUCAAACGAUGAGAAUGUCGCAAAAGCUAGUGGUAGAGAACUGUAG